UUGACGCGUUUCCUUCGUCCUUAGCCACUCACCACCGUUGCUAUCAUGGCCAUGAUCACUUCUCGCCGUGCGGCUGCGCCAUGCAAGGCGCAGGCGACCCGCCGUUCGCGCGUCAUGUCUGUUGUGCGCGCUGCGGCCGUGUCGUCUGAGGUGCCGGACAUGAACAAGCGUAACAUUAUGAACCUGAUCCUGCUGGGCGGUGCUUCUUUGCCAGUGGGCUCCCUGGCCUUGGGCUACGGCGCGUUCUUCGUGCCACCAAGCUCUGGCGGUGGUAGCGGUGGACAGGCUGCUAAGGACGCUUUGGGCAAUGACAUCAAGGCCAACGCUUGGCUGGCCACUCACCAGAAGGGCGAUCGCUCCCUCAGCCAGGGUCUGAAGGGUGACCCGACCUACCUGAUUGUGACCGCUGAUGGCACGAUUGAGAAGUACGGUUUGAACGCCGUGUGCACCCACUUGGGCUGUGUCGUUCCUUGGGUGGCGGCCGAGAACAAGUUCAAGUGCCCUUGCCACGGCUCUCAGUACAAUGCUGAGGGCAAGGUGGUCCGUGGCCCUGCUCCGCUGUCUUUGGCCCUGGCGCACUGCGACGUCCAGGAGGACGGCCUGGUCACCUUCUCCACUUGGUCGGAGACUGACUUCCGCACUGGCCUGGAGCCCUGGUGGGCGUAAGCCGCCAGAUGGGUCAUAGCCAGCUCGGGCCGGUCUGUGGCGUGAGAGGCUGCCCAGCAGCUUGUGAUGCGCAGCCUGGAAUGAAGAGCGAGGCGGAUUACCCAGUUGGUCUGGCCACAUUGCCGGGGGCAAAUUUUUCCCUUUGCCCUCGCGAUGCUUGUCAUCGUCCCCAGUGCGCGUGUGACAGACAGAACCGUCAGAGUAAAGCAGGUGGCCCAUGCGCUCGUAGGUGCAGGUCGCUUGUAGGUUGCCUGUCGGGAAUUGGACAGGAGUUUCCAUUUUUGGGUGCGUGUUACUCCGGUGGAUUGGGUCGAAGCCCUGUUGGAGCGGAGCGAGAGGUACUAAUUACACUCGACGUGUUGAGCGGAGUGGACCUUUACAGCUGAGAAGAGUUUUGGAAGACAAAGUAAUGAUGUGCCUGUUCGGCGGAUAGCCGAUGCACCGUGCGGCCAUAAUUGGCUGCAUGGCCUGCUUCGGGCUGCUCACACCCAUGUCUGUAAUCCCAAUAUCUCAAAGCUUCCCCGUAUCUGGGUUCCGAGUUCUGGUUCAGUUUCCGGACACAAGUGAAUGGAUUUGCAUGGGAAAUCGCGACAUGGUACAUAAG